GAAACGUCUAUACCACAAAUAUUCAACUCGACCAACUAUCUCACUUUGAUUAGGAGGUCUUUAUCUAUCAGAAUCAAGAGUCAGACCUCUUCUGUGCGCAACUCAUUUUUUCUGUGUCUGCUCCCUGGCUCUGACUGCUUUUAGUUCGAGCGGAGUUCUGAUUUUUUAAAUUCAAGAGGUCGACUCUUGUUAAAAUCAACGCGAUGUUCGCUUCAAUGCCGGUAGUAAUCUUUAUUCUGAAGUCAUUUUACGUGAUUCAAACCGACAGUGUUGUAAUUGGAGCCUUCGUGAUGCCCCACGGUAAGCAAAAUUUAGUCACUAAUUGAAGCGUGUUACUGGUAAGAGUAAAUUAUGUUGUAUGAAGACAACUCUGAGGAAUCAAUCGAAAGUCCCUUGAUGGAGAAUGAAUUUUCGUCCAGACGUGACAUAACAAAUCAUCCAGCCCUUUACAUCCUAACAGCAGUAUGUAUAUUCUUCGCACUGUUCUCUAUACAUUUGCUAAAGAGCUGCCAAGGAGAAUUAGUUUUAAAAUCAAGAGCCUCUUCUAGUUUGAGAUCAUGUCCUUGAUUCUCGCGACCUUAAUGUGUAAUUUAGGGGUGAUAUUGUAAGGAGAAAUACGAUGCUAGUCACUCAUAGGGUUCAAAGGGUUAAUAAGAAAAUAUUGGUAAAUAAAUACAUAAGGAAAAAAAUACUACAAAUGGGAAAAAGGAGGAUAGGUCUUCAACGCGUGACAGAAGAAACCGUUUGUUUGAAACAAGUCUUGUUUAAUUAAUAAUAAAGAAAAGCAUAUAAAAUAUUAAGAAAGAAGGCAGGGGUAUACAAUUACGUUCCAAAUUCAAAACGGGUCAGUUUAAUUUUUCUAAUUUCUAACAGAAUAAAGACAGAUGCCAUUCGUUUAUUUCACAUGGCGUUCAUUCCUUUCAUCCAUCUUUCCUUUCUCUCAGCCUUCCUUUCAUCCUUUCCCUCCUGUCUUCAUCAGGUAUUUAUUAAGUCUGUCUGUCUGUCUUUCUGUUUAUUUAUUUAUCUUUCUGUUUAUUUAUUUAUCUAGAUGAGCUCUUCUCUAUCAGUGUACUUCCGUAUUUGCGUACGUGUUUACCUCUUUUUUAUUUGCUAAUUAUUUAAUCAGGAGGCAUCGCUCUGGACCCACGCUACUUUAACACAACAAACGCCACAGCUAAAGCACAAGCCUGGUUGGUGCAUGACGCUUCAAAACAAGUGGGCAAACAAAUCGAAGAUCUCAAGCCUGAUACCAUCGUUCUCAGCACCCCACACGGAAUUGCUGCCCCUGAAGAUUUCAUUUUCUAUCUUAGCCCGAGAGGAUUCGGAUUUUCUGACACGGACAACUGCGCAUGUCCACCGUGCUGUUAUAACCUGUCCGUUGCCAUGGAUUCUAAAGGGAGUGAGAACCUUGUAAGGAUACUCAAGGACGAAAAUGAGAAGGUAUCGUAUCUGAGCGCAUUUGGGCCUCCCGGAAACGAAGAUGUUCCCUUCCCUUUGCGAUGGGGCGAGGUGGUUCCAUUGUAUUUCACAAAAAGUGUUUUAGGCCAGCCAAGUAAGGUGAUCAUUCUGUCCCAGCCGAGUCGCAGGUACGCGGAAAGUGUGAAGAUGAUCCCUGAGCUGCACCAUCUCGGCGAAAGCUUGUUUGAAAUUCUCCAAUCGCAGCUGGAGAAGAUCGUGGUCAUCAUUAGCGCUGACUUGGCGCAUACUCACUUGAAAUCAGGGCCGUACGGUUUCUCCACCGCCGCCGAGCCCUUUGACAAAGCGUGCGGAGCUUGGGUGAGCACCCAGGAUUCUGAAAAGCUUGUAGUUGAAGCGGCGUCUUAUGUGGAAAAAGCUCUUUCUUGUGGAUUCACGGGACUGGUUAUGCUGGACGGGAUGUUAAAGGCCAGCCCUUUCACCUGGGAAUCCAGGCUUCUCGCUAACUACCACCCGAGCUACUACGGCAUGAUGUUGGCGUCUUUUUUGCCUCGGUAAUGAUCGCAAUCAACCAUACAGUUUUCUUUAUGAAAUAAAAACGUAAAGAAACGAGAGUUCAUUUUGAAGAUUAAGGUGCAGGUUCUGGGAAAACAAACAUGAUUACAGC